AGAUCUCCCGCCCUUUCUCCUUUAGAUUAACUCCGAUCUUAUGCUUUAUUCUCUCUUCCGAUCCCUUGGGUCUCACUUCCGAGCCUCGAGCUAUCGAGCGAUCUUGGGAAACCAAAGAGGAGAGACGCGCAGAAGAGGGAGUAUAGAUGGCUGGCAAAGGAGGAAAGGGGCUUUUGGCAGCAAAGACGACGGCAGCGAACAAGGACAAGGACAAGAAGAAGCCGGUUUCCAGGUCCUCCAGGGCUGGAUUGCAGUUUCCUGUUGGCCGAAUUCAUCGUCAGCUCAAAACCAGAAUUGCUGCCAAUGGACGUGUCGGGGCUACAGCAGCAGUGUACUCGGCAGCAAUUCUGGAGUACCUGACUGCCGAAGUCUUGGAGCUUGCAGGGAACGCAAGCAAGGAUCUCAAAGUGAAGCGCAUCACUCCGCGCCACCUUCAGCUGGCCAUUCGCGGGGAUGAGGAGCUUGACACCCUCAUCAAGGGCACCAUCGCCGGUGGCGGUGUCAUUCCACACAUCCACAAGUCCCUCAUCAACAAGUCGACCAAGGAAUGAAUAAGAAUCUUCGGCUAAUGGUUUUAGGAUAUCUGUGUGUAGCCUUAUUUCGGGUCGUUAGCUAAUUUAGUACUGCACUACAUUAAGUUACUAGCUUUGAUCAAUAGAAUGUUUGCUUUAGCUUUUCUAGUUGUAUUCGUGUGCAGCUGGAAACAUGGUGUUGUUACAGAUGAUUUCAUAAGUGUUGUUUGUGUUUUUGUUCUAAUCUCAAAAUAUUUUUCUUUCA